AUGAAUACUCCAGGAGCCGUAUCAAAAAUAUUCUGGCCGGCACAUGUGUGCACACCCCGAACUAAAGCUGGAUUCUUGAUCGGUUGGAACAUUCGUAGUUUUACCACUUGUAUUGCAUCGGUAAUCUCGGAUGUAAAUCUUAGUGAUCUAGAAGCCACAUUAUCUGCUUUAUCAACAGAUACUAGUUCAUCGUUUGUAUACAUGGGAAAGGUGUGUGGAGCACCUCCAAUAGUUUUGGGUCUUUUGACGACAUUUUCUGACAUCAACGAGGAAGGGGGAAGUAUCCUGAAUGCAGAAGGUGUUGCAGACAAAAGGAAGACGGCGAAUUUAUGGAUGACAAUCCAAUUGCAGAGCAAUAACAUGCCUCUUCUAAGAUCUAUCUAUUGUUGUGGAUAUCGUUAUUCAAAUGUCAGUUCAGAAAUCAUUUUCUACAAACAACCAAAUCCAACUAGACUUCAAUACAUUUCACUUGAUCCAUUAGUACUAGAUAUUCAACAAAACGGCAGACAUAAGGUUGUUCAAGAUUCACUUCUUAUUAAAAACAUGAAAAAAAUCAUAAACACUCGUUUACACUCGGGGAAACAGCGAACGCAGAUAAAUGACAUGGAACUUAUUUUGAAUCAGAUUAAUUCUUCAUUUGAAACUGAGAAAGCCAUCACAACUAGGUGUCGAUUUUUUAUCAAUCGACGUAAUCGCUGUAACAUUAGCGUUUCUGAAACAAUGAUGGAAUACGCAAUUUUUAUUAAAACGAGUUUUCUUUAUCCCAUAAAAUAUCUGCUGCUUGUUUUCCGACCAAUCCUUGUACAACCUAUAAUUUUCUUUUUUAUGUUGGUGAGAAUAUUCGCCGAGAUCGUAUUGUGGAUUUUAAAUUUACGGUUUCCCCCUUUUAUGUUUAAUGGAAUGGCAUUAAAGGAUUUAUCUGCGACAUCGCAGCAAAUUGAUUUACGACUUCAACAAGCAUGUUUUUGGCCUUGGCAAUAUAUGUUACUUAGGCGAAGGGAUUGGACAAAUACUGCGACAACACGAGCACAAUAUAUUAGCUUUUAUAAUAGCAUGUGGCUUGUAGCAAAUGAUAUUAUUAUCGGGCUUACUAUCGGUUCUUUUCUUGCCAACAAUUGUGAGUACGUGGCAAACCUUAUUUUGAAGGACUAUCUUGAUCAUUAUACGAUAGAAAAAUUAGUAUCAAUGAUAGAUUGGCUGAUGGGUUGGCCAGCCGGUUUGAAAUUAAAUAGUGAAUUAGACAGGUUUUUGGGCGAACUAUUUCUUCGGCUAAUCGAUUUAUGGAAAGGACCAUUGACACCAACUAUUAUAGGAAUUAUUGGGUUAUCUGGAAUGUUCGGUGGAUCAAUGGUUAUAUCAUUAUUAUCAGAUUUUUUGUCAUUUAUGACAAUUCACAUCUAUUUAUUUUAUAUGGUCGCUGCAAAAAUAUUCAAUUGGCAGCUUACCAUAUUAUAUUCUCUAUUUAAUUUAUUCCAAGGCAAGAAAUGGAACACAUUACGGAACCGUAUUGAUUCCUGUGAUUAUGAUCUGGACCAGUUGCUCUUGGGCACUAUACUAUUUACGCUAUUAACAUUUCUAUUUCCUACAGUAGUGGUUUAUUAUGCAACUUUUGCGGCUAGUCGUGUUGCUGUUAUCUUUCUGCAAGCAGUUAUGGAAACUCUAUUGGCGUUCUUAAAUCACUUUCCAUUAUUUGCAAUUAUGUUGCGAUUCAAAGAUCCGGAUCGAUUACCGGGUGGAUUAAAAUUUGUAAUAUGCGAUCCAGAUUAUUUUGCAACUCGUGGAAUCGCUAGAGUUUUUAGAGGUAUAAAGUCAUUUUGGCCAUGGAAUAGCCGAUUACGUAAAAUAAGUAUUCCUUCUACAACUACUUCCCCGAUAAUUAACAAUCUUAGUGGUAAAUCGACAUCAAGGUUCGAACGAAACUCUCAAAAUGAAGAGUCUGAUCAAGUUAUUAGAAUGAGGAAAAAUCGAAUAAUGAUUAAUUCAAAUUCAUCAUCGUCAUUGUCAAUAACUCCAAUUUCCCCUAUGUCUUCAGCAUUUAUAUCAUGGCCACCGAAAGUGAGCCAUUUAUUAAUGCAGAAUUUACCUAUUCCAUUAUCAGCAAUAUUCUUUCAAUAUUUAUUAUUAUGGAGACGGCUAAGUUCACAUUAUUUUUCUUUUUAUGUAUUAAGAUGUCUUGUUAGUGGUGAAACUAUAAAACCAAUAGCUAGACUUCAGUAUCCAAUGUUACCUGAAACUAGGUAA